AGAUGUAUGAAAUAUAUAUGUGUAAAAUAGAACUGUUGCUAAAGGUAUUUUAUCAAAGCAAUCUAGAAACCAUGUACAGGUCAGAUAUGUCUAAACCGUGGACAAAUAAAGACGUGAAUACGAUCCAAGUGUAUUUCCUUGUGGUUUCAAUCGACUGGACUAGUUCCGGACCGGACUUUACAAUCUGGCGACGAGGAUGAACUCCGUAAUGGAAUAUGAGAUGAGGCCGUUACCUCCAUUUCGUUGCGAGCAAAUCGAACGAUCCAAACUAAGUCGAGAGUGGAAAUCGUGGAAAAGUGCGCUAGAAUGUUAUUUUGAAGCACACUCGAUUUUUGACCAACGGAUCAAAAGAGCUAAACUGUUGUUCCUUGGUGGACCUCAACUGCAGAGAGUGUUCGAGAAUCUCACGGACACAGAUAAAAUUCCAUUGGUGGCAGUUGAAAAGAAAUGGUACGAUACUGCCAUUGAGAAAUUGAACGAUUUUUUCCAGCCAGCUCGUCAACAUACUCUGGAGCGACACCGUCUCCGCGAAAUGAAACAAUUCAAGGAGGAACGAUUCGCUCAAUUCGUAAUGCGCUUGAAACAACAAGCAGCAGAUUGCGGUUUCGAUAAGUAUUCAUCCGAAGUUUCCAAGAUUUUAACUGAGAUCACAUUGAUUGAUGUCAUUGUCCAAGGCUGUACUUCGAGUGAGCUGCGUCGUCGUAUAUUGAAGGAAGACCAAUCUCUAGCCGAAAUUGAAGCAUUAGGCGCUAUGUAUGAAUGCGUGGAUGAGCAGAUCAAGAGUUUGGAUAAAGCGAACGUUGGGUAUCAACAUGAGAAGGUGUUCAGAGUACUCGAAAAUCGGAAAAUAGAAGAAAAAAUGACUGGGGAAUGCAAAGCUUCUUGUUUUCGUUGUGGAAACACGGGACAUUUUUCGAAAUCACUAAAUUGCCCCGCUAGGAAUAAAACGUGCAGGCGUUGUAAGCGCAUUGGACAUUUUGAGUCCGUAUGCCGUGGAAAUCUAAAACGAUCAGCAAGUAAAUUACCAAGCAACACAACGGAGAAAAAGGUUCGUGCUAUCGAGACCGUUUGCGAAAGCAAGAAUUCGGAUCUAUCAAGUACUUCUACAAAGGAAGAUGAGGUUUUACAGAGGACUUAUUAUGCGUUUUAUACCGGAAACGAGACGAAUAUGAUAGAGUGCUGUAUUGGAGGAGUUAAAUGGAAUGUGAUAAUUGACUCCGGAUCAGAGUGCAACCUGAUUACCCGUAAUGCGUGGGAGAAAUUCAAAGCGUCUAACAUCAAUAUACACUCGUCUACAAGACACUGCAGUCGCGUGCUCAAAGCAUACGGUAGUAACACACCAUUGAAGGUUAUAGGAUCAUUCAUUGCUGAGGUACGGAUCAAGGAACGACAUGUGGUAGCAGAAUUUUUUGUUGUGGACGGUGGUCAGCAAUGCCUUUUAGGAGAUAAAACUUCCAAGGAACUUGGAGUUUUGAAAGUAGGUCUAGAUAUUAACAUCGUGAAUGAGGAGUUAAAACCGUUCAAUAAAAUCGAUGGGAUUCAAGUUCACAUCCAUGUGGACCCGAGCAUUAAGCCAAUUUUUCAACCAUUGCGAAAAGUUCCUGUUCCUCUUGAAGAUGCUGUGAAUAAGAAACUCGAUCAACUGCUCCAGCGAGACAUCAUUGAAGUUAAGACGGGACCGACUCAAUGGGUGUCUCCAUUGGUAGUAGUCGGAAAAGCAAACGGCGAACCAAGGCUAUGCUUGGAUUUACGAAGAGUAAAUGAAGCCGUUCUACGAGAACGAUAUCCAAUGCCUGUCGUGGAUGAUUAUUUGGCAAGAAUGGGAAAACAGAUGAUUCGAAGUAAGCUCGAUAUUCGUGAAGCAUUUCUACAAAUUGAAUUGGAUCCUGUUUCCCGAGAUGUCACUACGUUUAUCACCAGUAAGGGACUCUUCCGCUUCAAAAGAAUGCCCUUUGGUCUUGUUACUGCUCCUGAAACUUUUCAAAGAGUAAUGGACGAAAUAUUGACGGGAUGUGAAGGAGUGUACUGGUACCUAGAUGAUGUCAUGGUGGAAGGCACAACUGUGGAAGAACAUGAUGCAAGAUUGAAUGAGGUAUAAAGCGUUUUUUUUUUCUCGGUAAAACUAUUAAAACUUUUAAAAUAUAUUAACAAAAUAAGAAAUUGUUCUAUCCAUAUUUUGUUU